AUGCUGCCAUCAGCAGACGACGAGAAGCGGCUACUGGGCUCGGUGAGUGUUCUUCUCGGGAGGUCAAUGGCCUGGCGCGACGGCUCCUUGAGAACGCAGAUGACCGACUGUGCCACAACUGCCGUCUUGCUUUCAACAGCGGCAGCCAACUUUUUGAUCACUGUCUGCUCUGCUUUGAAAUUCUACUUGGACCCUCCGGAAGAAACUGAGAAGGCAUCUCAAGUCGCUUUCCUGCUGACAGUCUCUAUACCCAACGCAGUGAAGGGGAUCUCGUUGACCCGACAGCGGACUCGGCUGCAGCAGGUCGUGGCCUGGCUACUGGUCAUGAGGAGAGCCGUCCAGGAUGGUGCUGGAAGACGCCGCCUCUACGCUCGCAGCGCCAACCUCGUCGGCAACAUGUGGAUGGUUAUGGCUGUCAUGGGGGGAUUGAUAUGGGCUGUGGACCCCCUGCUCAGUGAGCCGCCUCCGCUAAACGGGACGUCUCCGGAUCCUGCACUGCCGCUACCAGUUUGGCUGCCUUUCGACGGGAACGCACCAGACACCUACAGCCUAACGUUCGCGCUGGAGGCCAUCGUCUUCGCCUGGGUCGUGUUCUCUGCGAUUUGCGUCGACGUGCUCUACAUCACGCUCAUUGUCAACUUCGCUGCGGAGCUUCACGUCCUCAAUGACAACGUUGAAAUAACGGGGAACGGAGCUGAUGUGGCCGGACAUUCUAACAGAAAGAUUGGUGAGGUUCACCACGUUGGCGCGUCUCGUGCCGGAGCGACACACGAUGGUUCGGCGGUCACCCCAAAUUUCCCUUCAGCACAAUUCGCUGCAGUGAAACUUUUGACACCUGCUUACACUCCAGGGUACUUCGAAGUGUACAGAAGUGAAGGCAACGAUACGUAUCGACUGCUUGUCAAGAACAUUCAGCACCACCAACUCAUCAUCAAGUAA